UGGGGAGCUCAACAUGUCUUGACCGCAUACAACCACUCAAACUACAUUUCCUAGCUUCCUUUUCACGGACUCAAGCGGAAAAAAUAAACCAAAGAGGGGAGAGCGGGGGUUCUGUAGUCGAUUCUGAAAAUCUUGCUAGUGGAUAGUCCUGUAUUCAACUACAGUACCCACACUCCACUGUCAGUGCUACUGUAGAGAGCUUUGGUUAUCCGUGGAUAUCACACCAUUGCUAUCAUCUCUGUCUAUCUCAGUGUUUCUCUCCCUCUGUCAGCGGAUUGAUAUAGGAGAGUAGAAAACAAGCAAAAAUAAAACAUCUCUAGCCGAAAAUGGCAGAGCUUGGAGCGGGGAGCAUGCUGUUGGGAGAUCCUGCUUUUAAUUACCAAGAGCACGAGCUAAAUGAGCGAUUGAAGCGGCUCUACCCGGCCGUGAAUGAGGAAGAGACCCCCUUACCCCGAUCUUGGAGCCCCAAGGAUAAAUACAGCUACAUCGGACUCUCGCAGAACAAUCUGCGGGUACAUUACAAAGGCCAUGGGAAGAACCAUAAGGAUGCCGCGUCUGUGCGUGCCACUCAUCCCAUACCAGCCGCCUGUGGGAUCUACUACUUUGAAGUGAAGAUUGUCAGCAAGGGCAGGGAUGGGUACAUGGGGAUUGGUCUGUCUGCCCAGGGGGUCAACAUGAACAGACUGCCUGGUUGGGACAAGCACUCAUAUGGUUACCAUGGCGACGACGGACACUCCUUCUGUUCUUCAGGGACUGGCCAACCAUAUGGCCCAACCUUCACCACAGGCGAUGUGAUUGGCUGCUGUGUGAACCUAAUUAACAACACCUGUUUCUACACCAAGAACGGCAUCAGUCUAGGUGUAGCCUUUACAGAUCUCCCUCCCAACCUUUACCCCACAGUGGGCCUGCAGACUCCAGGAGAGAUUGUGGAUGCUAACUUUGGCCAGCAGCCCUUUGUGUUUGACAUUGAGGACUAUAUGAGUGAAUGGAGGGCUAAGAUCCACGGCAUGAUCGCCCGCUUCCCCAUCGGAGAGAGACUGGGAGAGUGGCAGGCAGUGCUUCAGAACAUGGUAUCCACCUAUCUGGUGCAUCAUGGGUACUGUGCCACAGCCACAGCCUUUGCCAGGGCUACAGAAACCUUGAUCCAGGAGGACCAGACCUCCAUAAAGAACAGACAGAGAAUACAGAAGCUGGUAUUGGCAGGGAGGGUUGGCGAGGCCAUCGAAGCCACACAGCAGCUGUACCCUGGGCUCCUAGAACACAACUCCAAUUUACUGUUCAUGUUGAAGUGUCGGCAGUUUGUGGAGAUGGUGAACGGUACAGACAGUGAGGUACGAUGCUUCAGUGUCCGCUCCCCCAAGUCCCAGGACAGCUACCCUGGCUCCCCCAGCCUGAGCCCCCGACAUGGAGCCACCAACCCCCAUCUGCACAGCGCAGGAGCAGACAGCCCAACAUGCAGUAACGGGGUCACCCCUCCCAACAAGAACAAGAGCCACAACAAGUACCCUGGUGUCAGCUCUGCCUCCUCCUCUUCCUCUUCCUCCCCUUCCUCUGUUAACUACUCUGAGUCCAACUCCACUGACUCCACCAAGUCCCAGCCUCACAGUGGCACCAGCAAUCAGGAGACCAGUGACAGUGAGAUGGAGAUCGAGGCAGAGCACUACACUAAUGGGGUGGCGGAGAACUCCUCUACUCGGAUCAUGAACGGCACCUACAAGCAUCAAGAAAUCCUGCAGGCUGAGGACGGCAGCCUGGACAACGGAGUGGCAGACAGCUGUGCCUCCAGACAGCUGUGUGGCGGGAACCAGGCAGCCACAGAGAGGAUGAUCCAGUUUGGCCGCGAGCUGCAGGGCCUCAACGAGCAGCUGUGCCGGGAAUACGGCAAGAACGCCACGCACAAGAAGAUGCUGCAGGAUGCAUUCAGUCUAUUAGCGUAUUCAGAUCCCUGGAACUGCCCAGUGGGGCAACAGCUAGACCCAAUGCAGAGAGAAAAUAUCUGCUCUGCUCUCAACAGCGCCAUCUUGGAGUCUCAGAACUUGCCUAAGCAGCCCCCUCUGAUGCUGGCUGUAGGUCAGGCCACAGAGUGUGUCCAGCUCAUGGCCAGGGUCCGCUCAGGCUCCUGUUCCUUCGCCAGAGUUGACAGCUUUUUGCACUAGCCCCAGUCCAGGCAAUGUUCAGGACUACAAAGAAGAUUACUUUCCAAUGGGUUGCCAGAUGACUGAGGAGAUCAUGUGUUUGAAUUGGUGUGUCGCUUGCCAUUUGGCAGAAGCAGGAUGUGCAGGGGAAUGAGUAGAACAUGAGGAGAAAGCUUGUUUUUAAUUUAGUAUUAUCAAAUACAAAAUGUGUGACACUAUUUAAAGAUAAUUAAUUAUUAUUCUGUUUAUAUAGUCAUUUUCAAGUUUUUAUUUGGUCAGUUUGUUGUGCUCAUCUUGAAAAAAAUAAUCGAAUUCCGUUUUUGUUUUUAUGAGUGGAUUUGAAUUCCCUACACAGUAUUUUAAAGAUGUUCAUCAUAUCAAAUAAAUUCACAUUGGCAUGCUUUGUCGUUACCAAGCAAAAUACUCUGGUUUCUCAUUCAGAACUUUCACAGGACUUUUGUCAUCUCAGUAUGAGAUAUUGUAGAAAGAGGACCAGAAUUGUUUUGGUUCAAAUUCUUACUUCUUAGUAUGCCUUAGUACUCCAAAAAUUGAUUUAAUUGAAAGUUAAAGGUCUGAAUUUGAUUCUGAGACUGCACGUGGCUGUAAGCCACUAACCCGCUGGUCACCUUAAAGCCCCAGAUGGUAGCACAAAUGAAAUAAUGACACUGAUUCAUUUCGGAGUUUCAAUAUAAGUGUAGUGUAUUUCCAAUCAAGUGUCUCCACUAGUUUGAUGUGUAACAUAGGCUGCGUUUACACAGGCAGCCCAAAUCAGAAUUUUUUUUCUCACUAAUUGGCCACUAAUACAUCUUUUGACCCAAUCAGAUCAGUGCUGAAAAAGAUCUGAUGUGAUUGGUCUAAAGACCAAUUAGUGGAAAGAAGAUCAGAAUUGGGUUGCCUGUGUUGGGCUGCCUUAUGUUACACAUAAAACUAGUGGAGACACUUGAUUGGAAAUACACUAGACUUUUACUUUGUACUUGCACACAGUAAAAACACACAGACAUACAGUGCUUGGGUCAUUUGAAUUUGGAAAUCACUCCCUGGUUUUUACUUGCUAAUUGAGAUACCUUUUAUGAAGUCAUGUUGAAUAUAUACAAUAUAAUGAUAUAUUGAAUAAAAAAGUGGAACUAUUUUCCAAAUACAAGGCUUUUAAUUUGACCAACUUUUCUAAUAACCAAUGGUACUUGCCAGUUGCCACACUUAUUCCACACAGUCAGUCUAUCAGUCUUUUCAUAUUAGUGCUUUGAAAGACCAUUGUCUUAUCAUUGCCAACAUGCUUAUUCUGGCUUUCUUGCAGUUCUAUUUUUCUCACACAGACCCAGUCAUUUUUACAAAUGUGGCCACAACUUUGUUUCUUGUUUGUUUUUGUUCAUUGUAUUCACAGUUGAAUGUGUUUUGGUCUUUUUUGUUACAGUAUGUAUUCUCUUAUAUUUAACAGAUGUUCUCUUGGCACAAAUGUUGAUCAUUGAUGUAUUAACCCAGUAUUUCAGCCAGCCAGCCAGCAAAAGGCGCUCCACUGUUUGUUGAAUGUAGUUUAGCAGAUUAUAUUACAUUUAUGUUUCAGAUUUGCUGCUGGCCAUCAUGAGAUUGAUAUUGACAUCCCCUACACCUGUUAGACAUAUUGCAAUGUGUUUCGUUCACUUUUUGACAAUCAUGUAAAGCAUGUUUGUGAAGCAAAGGGCUGGUGGGAGUAGAAAUCAUCAGCUUGCAGCUUGUUAUUAGUGUUUGGUAGACUUUAAUAUCCCUUAACAUUGUUCACAAAGGCCAUUUGGAUUAUUAUUAUUUUUCUACACAAUCUUUACAUUUGCACAUCUAUCUGCAUCAUGGGCUUAUACUUGCUAAAAUAUGUGAAAAACAAGAACAAAUACCUUCACUUACUUGUGAGGGUCAUCUUUUGUAUUGCAGUAGGAAGCAAAAGAAAGGGCCUCAUGACCUUAUCCUAAACCUGUGAGAGUCAACUGACAUACUGGGGCGUACUGUCUUUUGAAGCAUACCUAUACACAUCGUAACCCAUGUUGGAAUCAAAUUUGAGUUAUUUUAACUCAUGUUGUUCAGUUAAUUAAGUCUCUAGGCGGCCCUAUCCGUUCACAUGGGUUUUCACUAUUCUGUUUAAUGGUCAUUCAGAAUACAACCAGUCCUAGGCUUUCAAUAUUGGAAGCAGACAGCAGAUAGGUAUUGAUAAUAGCUUGACAUUAUAGCAAAUCAUGUAUCUCUUGGUUUCUUUCAAAAACAGCAAAUGGCUUUUUGAACUCAAUAGAAUAGCCACCCAAAAUGUAUAUUUCCAUUUUAAGAGAAUUCAUUAUACAGUAGAAUUUUUAACUUGACUAAUAUAUAGGGAUGUGUGUUUAGAAAGGGAGGAAUCUGUUGAGCUUCUCCUGGGACUUUUAUAGACACACCUACACCUACUCUAGCAAACAACCUCCCAGUUUUCCUUUUCUGUUUUAAAUUGGCCUUUGGAGCUAUCCGUGCUUCAAAUGGAGAGGCGAAGGUAAUGGAAUUAGGAAUUGAAAACAAGCUGUGCACAAUAUACUUCUAUUAUGAUUUAAAUUUCAUAUUGAGUUUAGCAUUUGUGAAAUGAGUUACCCUGUACUUAGCAUGAAACUUUUAAACCCUUAAACAAUAUAAAAAAGACAUUAUAAUUUUAAAAAACAUACCUAUGUACUGGAAACAUGAUAAAGAAAUAUUGUAUUCUGUUUUAUUUUGACAGAAUUAUUUUUAUUAAAAUACACAUCCAUAAGCAUA